CAUACGCUGGCUACGCGCAAGCAGAGCACCGUGGGACAGGAGAGAAACACCGUGAGGCGAAGCUGGGAUGCAGGAGGAGUCUGUGCUCUCAAGGUCAACUUUCCAAUCAGGAAACCAGUGAUAUAGAGAUGGAUGUUGCCAACCACUGUUGCUAUACGUGGUCCCUUGGGACAGGCACCAUCAUCAUAGGUGUCUUGAAUGUGAUUGGGAGCAUUUUGCAGAUAGCAGUAGUAGCGAACAAUUGGGACUUGUACCAGUACGCCAAUGAUGAUAUAAGCGGGGAAAACUCAGAUACUAAGCGAGAGCUGGUGACUGUCCUCGUAUUUGGCAUUAUCCAGGCUAUCUGUAGCGUACUUCUCAUCACUGGAGCCGUUAAGGAAAAAGCUAGCAUGCUUCUUCCGUGGAUGGUUGUGGAAACCCUGGCACUCGUAGUAGCAACUGUAAUAGGCAUCAUCUUAGGCAUUUUUCUUAUCGAGCUUCGCAUCGGCAGUGUUAUAAUUGUUUUUGUCAUCUUUUUUCUUUGUCUCAGAUUGUACUUUCUGCGUGUCGUUCUCAUCUACUACCGGACUCUACGUGAGAACACAAGAACCAACAUGGUCAGCGAGAGUGCACCAUUACUUACGUGAAACGUGUCGCUGAUGAAAUUCCUCCAGAUUUUGGUUCUUCUGGCAAACUGAUGUGUGAGUCUUGAGGAAAUCAAGGUUGUCAGAUAACGUUUUCGGUUUUGAAUGCGCAUCUAGAAUGUAGGCACAGGUUUUGUCUCGAGACGUUUGUACACUUGAUUUUCUCUAUACGUUACGUAUGAGUUAUUUUGCUGCUUCCGUUUUCAAAAACAGAGAAUAUCGUGAAUAAUUCCAGGGACAAUUGAAAAGAACUCGUUUCGACCUGUUUUCUGUAGAUCUUCACAUGUAUGUCCCACCUGACGCAUCUAGGGAAGCGUAGUUCAUUACGUCCUGUUCAGUGUGUUCGGAAAAACCUAUUCACGUCCAUUAUGUGGAUUUCUACCACUGAAUUUCCAUUUUUAGAAGUGAAUGGUGAUAGUCUUUAUCUUUCGUUACAUGUCGUUUGUGCAACAAAGCAAGGUGUUUUAAUUAUUUAAUGUUAGUCACUAAAGAUUAAUCUCAGAAUGUAUUUUUAUUGAAAUUAAUGAAUCAUAAUUGCCUUUUGCUGGUCUUUCUAAUUUCCUUUUAUAAUUAAAAACAUAUAAUGAAAUUAUUGAUUGUUGUAGAUCAUUUAGAGUCUUCUACUUGGACAGUAUAACAAAAAACAGCCAAUAAUUAGGAUGUGCACAUAGGUGAGCAAUAUUAUUUUCAAGUCGGCGACACUGUACCUGAAUGAUCACUGUUUUGAACCUGUUAUUGCUAAAUAAAGAAGUUCCCAUAAAUUAA